AUGCCCAACGCAGGAGCCAAGGGCUCUGAACAAAUGGCGAAAGAAACUAUCUUUUCUGUUCUCACGCGAGGGGCUUCUCUGCACAAAUGCCGCGAUUCUCUUGCCUCGCCCGUGCUGCAACGUCUGCAAAAAGGAGACAAACAGCAGCAACAGCAGCAGCAUCAACAGAACGUCACUGGUGGAGAAAACCGAAGAAUGCAAACCCCUGAAACCUCCGCUAACUCUUGUUCUGCAGAGAGCCUCCGAGCAAAGCACAACAUCUCAGUGAAGGGUCUGAUUGUUGUUCCGGCACCCUUCAGCUCCUUCAAUGACGAAUUACCGCCUGAGGCAGACGCGGCUGACCGUAAAAGUGUAGCUGCAGAUGGCGAUAACGCGCCUUCGGAGGCGCCCAGGAAGAUGCCUUCCUGGCUGCUGUCACGCCUGGAGGCGCUCGGCUACAAGCAACCAACACCUAUUCAGAUGCAGUGGAAUGAUAACAGUUUGCUAAACACCCAUUACAUAAGCCUUAAGUUGGCGAUGUGUCGCGGCUGGGGCACUGCCACUGCUGCUACAGGGGCGCCAUCUCUUAGCGUCGGCCCCAACGGGCAGCGGCAAAACCCUCGCAUUUUUGCUUCCCCUGAUAACUUGUCUCAAGAGGGCACUGGCUUUAAAGCCGCGUUCCCCCAGUCUCAUUCAGGGAGUAGAUACGGCGCGGCGGAUGCUGUUUUUGCUACACCCCUCUCUCUAUUAACUCUUCUGAAGGAAAAAAGACUGUCGCUAUCUGACUGCCAGCACCUGGUUCUAGAUGAAGCAGAUCGGCUCCUGGACUCAGGUUUUUCGCCACAAGUCGAUGCACUCCUCUCUGAGGUAAAGAGCGCAACAGUGACUACGAAACGCCUCCACAUAUGCCUCUUCUCCGCAACGCUUCCGCCGUCAGUGGUAUUGCUGGCCGAGUCUAUAACCUACGGUGCAGUCCACGUGACUGUUGGUCGAGCCAGCGCUGCCGCGCCGCAGAUCGAACAAGAACUUGUCUUCUGCUCAACCGAAGCCGGCAAGCUGUGGGCCCUAAAGAACCUUCGCGUUGAAAGGAAGCUCAUCCCUCCCUGCCUGAUUUUUGUCGAGACACAAGAACGGGCAAGUGAACUUCUGAGGGAAAUGAUAACUGAAGGGAUGACGGUUGACUUGUUGCAUGCCGCGAAGAGCAAGCAACAGAGGGAUGCGACAGUUGACGCCUUCAGGACUGGAAAGAUAUGGUUCCUGAUCUGUACAGAUUUGGUGGCGCGUGGCAUAGACUUCAAGGGCGUAGCUCUCGUGAUCAACUUCGAUCUUCCUAUCUCAACAUCGGUAUAUAUACACCGUAUUGGCCGAACAGGCAGAGCGGGCAAGGAAGGGAAGGCAUUGACAUUCUUUACUUUAGACGACGUGCCCCGUUUGCGUCCCAUCGUGCAGAUAAUGCAGAAAAGCCCGAACAGCAAAAUUCCGGCAUUCCUGAACUCCAGGCUGACCCGUAACUUGCGGGUCAAGGGGCAGAAGAAAAAUAGAGGCCCUUGGACCCAUAGCAAUCGACUCUCUGGCCGCUCACGGAAGCCCAUACGGCCAGUUGCAAGAGCGGUUGUAAUGAAGGCUAAACGGCGAGCGUGGGCCGUAGCUGCCUCUCUGGCCAAGAAAAAGAGGGCGAAGGAACUUGGGGAUGAGGUUUCGCCAACACCGCAUGCCCCAACUGCAAACAGUGACGCGACCAGUGAACUGAUGACUCGCGGAAGGGGUCGGAAAACUAAAGGAAAAGCAACUAGGAACAAAGACAGCCCCAAGGGCACGUUCAAGCGCACGCAGGAUCCUCAAAUGCAUCCUGGGAACAGCAGCUUCAAGCGGCGGCGGCGCGAGUCAGCGGCUCAUUCCUUCAAAGAGUGA